CCUGGGCCAGACCCAUUGAAAGAUGUUGUUGGACCAUUCAGAAUAUUUGUUGUGAAGGUGAUAAUUGAGCUAACAGGAGUUUGCUUUGAAUUCUUCAUGCAGAUUUAACCACAGCUUGGGAUGCUUUUUCACAGACUAAGGCAGCAUUGCAGCAUAUUGAAAACAAAUUGGAAGUAACACCUACCAACACAGCUGUUUUGGAUUCUGUAAUGGACAGCAAGAAGCCAUCUGCCAGUACUACCAGAAAAAUAAGUAGGAAAGGUUACAGGACUUCCAGUCAAAAGAAGGAGAAGUUUUCACGCAGCCCUCUUCGUGCUACCACUUUGGAUAGCAAUGUGAAAAAGUGUGCACAUGUUGAAUUCCGUGAGCCCUUGGCUUCUUUCAGACACACUCAGUGGGGUUCAUCUUACCAAACCUCUUAUCAACUGGAGGCUAGGGGUCUGAAGCAUAAAGAAGCUGGAAAUAAAGGUGAAGGAGUGAGUUGUAUAGCCUAUGAAACAGAUGAAACAGAUGUGCAGAGCAGAGAUUUCAAAAGCCUGUCCUCUUCUGAUGAUACUAUUGUUCGAUAUUUGAAUGACCGACCAGCGAUUGAUGCCUUGCAAACUUCAGAUAGUUUUUUUAAUACGAUAACCCCUACAAGAUCAGAGGAGGAAAAGACUGAGGGAUCCAGAGGUGAUGAAUAUAUCAAAACAUCUCUGAGUAUAGCUCAGGAUACUGAACUAAGAGAUUUACAGUUGGUAGAGUCUUCAGCUUCAUCUGCCAGUACCUCCAGUGCCCACAGACUGGAUAUCUUGAAGCAACAUCAGCAUGAUGCUAAACUGGAAAAACUGAAAGAACGAAUUAGAAAGCAGUGGGACCAUCCAGAAGAACUGUGUAACAGAGGGCAUCAUUUGGAAUACGCAGAUCAUCCAAUAACUGCAGUAGCUCUUGAGAAUACAGUGACACCUAAAAUCAGAAAAGUGGCAACUGCACCUCCUGCUCCCUCUUAUAAAGGUUUCAAUCCAUCAGAAGCCAAGAUUCGUACUCCUGAUGGGAAAGUAUGGCGCGAAGAGGAAUUUCUCAAUCUCAGUAGAGAGUUAUGCCGAGACUUAGAACUCCAGUUGACAGAAGAGGAUUUGGCUGUGAAAGAGACUCCUGCUGAAAAAAGCAAGGAGAGAAAAACAACCAAACCAGUACGCAAAAUCCAGAAAGUGAUCCAGCUUCCAAAUCCUGAUUCUAAACCAGGUGGUAUCAAUACAAUAAGUACAUCCUCCUGGCGAGAUGGACAGAGACUGGCAAAAAAGAUAUUGGGUCCAGCACCAAAAGUAGAACAGCAGGACAAGCAGCUAUCAUCCAGUGACAGAAUGGGGAAGGAUAAAUCCACUAAAUCUGCCUCCCACACAGGAAAGACAGAAUCUGAUUUCAAUCUAGAGGUCACCAUCAAAACCCUAUCAAAAAGUCCAGAACGGUCACGGAGUAAAGUAAGAAUGGAGAAUAAUCUGAAGAAAAAAGAUUCUGCUCUUCAGGAUAUUAAACUGGGCGAAGACCAUGUAAAUAAGGAUUUUUUACCCGUGGAGAUCCGUGGGAUUCUUGACGAUCUCCAGCUGGACACUGUGUCUCAGCAAGACAGGAAUGAAAAAAGCCGGAGUCAAAAAACAGCACCUUCUUCAAUUACUAGGAGUCAUAGCCCAACGAAAAGAAAACCAGACAAGCUUUCUGCUAAUGAGGAGCCUCAAAUCACAUCUAAGAAAAGACACUAUGAUACAGAUGAAGUUCGGCAGUAUAUUGUUAGACAACAGGAAGAGAGAAAGAAGAGGCAAAGUGAAGAGAAGAAAGCACAGAAAGAGGCAACAGAACAAAGGAAUAAGAGACUUCAAGAACUUUACAAGAAGCAAAGAGAGGCUCUGGCUAACAAGACAAAGAGUACACCAGCUCCUGAAUUAGCCAACAAACAAUUACAGGAGACUUAUUCUAAACUGUUAAUGGAAGAGACCUUGCUGGAGCAGCCAGUGCCCUCUGGACAAGAGGGAGAGUCCAAACCUGGUUACCAACCAUCUGGGGAAUCUGACAAAGAGAACAAGGUGCAGGAGCGUCCUCCCAGCGCAUCUUCCAGUAGUGAUAUGUCUCUUUCUGAACCUCAUCCUGUUCUCAGGAAUAAAUUGUUGGGGCCUUUGUGGAUUCAGCCGGAUAGGCUGACUUCUAACACCCAGCUUCCUUGCUCUCAGUCUUCUGCUAUCUUGAAUGGAAGUUUAUUCUCUCCACAUUUAUCCCUGGAUCACAGGGGUAUCUUACAAAAGGACUUUGAUCCUGUAUUCUCAACUAGAAGAAGCUAUAGCACUGCUGUGGGUUCUAUACCUUUGGGAUCUCAGCCAUUCAUGCCAUCUGCUGUACAGCCAACCAUUAAUCAGUAUAAAAGUAAAUUGAACCGUAUUGAAGCCCUGAAAGCAACAGCAGCCUCUCUAUCAAAUCGGAUUGAAAAUGAAGCCAAGAAAUUAGCAGGGGCAGGCAUUAACUAUGGUGCAGUGUGGAAUUCUGAGUGUGAUUUGUUGCAAGGAGGCCAGAGUGAUGGCUACUGGGCAAAGUCCAGCAGCCCCCCUGUGAGAGAAGAUGAUGUCUUUUCAGCCAGACUUCAGAAGAUGUUGGGUACCUGUAUCUCUCAUGCAUAUUUUGAUGACAGCCUUCCUGGAGUUGGAAAUCUCAGUGAAUUUAAAAAGCUUCCAGAAACCAUCAGUCCUCAUACUGCUGGUAUCAACCUUCAAGGCAGUCACCAGUCUGAAGGAAUCCUAGGAAGUUUGUCCAAGAAACAAGUAUGCUCCCCCAGUAUUGAAAGUAAAGUUAAACAGCAUAAUGGCAGUGUAGAUUCAAUAAGCGAAGGACCACUCAGCGAUGGCCUUCUAUCUGAGGAGGAAGGAGAAAAGCAUGAGCCCCUAGCAUUGAAGACAACUGAAAUAUUAAAGGAAAAAGAAUUCUGUGUGGCAGAUAAAACUGGCUAUGAGCCUAUAAAAGAAUUCCAGAAAGAGGCAGAGAAAUAUUUACCUAUUUUUACACAGCUAAAGAGUUCUCAAAGACCUUGGGAUGAGCUAUCCAAAGGAAGUCCACAUAGCGUCAUCAACAUUUUUACAAAAUCUUGCCAGCUGUAUGGAAAAGGAUUUGAAGAAUGGUCAGGACAAAGGUCACCAUCUCAGAGGUCUUUACUUCCCAUCAUGAGCCCUUCAGCUAGUAUUGUUUCGUAUGAUGAUGACUUCAUCUCAUCACAGGGAACUGAAACUGCAACAGACAAAAAGGCUACUCUUGAGCCCAGUGGAAGCAGCAGUCCCAGCCUGCAAGAAGAGUUGACCAACAAGAAGUUGCCUUUUGAGGUGCAGGCUAUAGAGUUUACCCAUCAUUCCUCAGGACCACCAUCUACAGGUUCUUCCCAUUCCUCUGCAUCUUCUAAAAAACGAGGGAAAACAGGAAGCCUAAAUUCAUUGAAUGGAGUUCCAAAUGUCUCUUUGCGGGAGGAAAAUAAAGUAUCUCCAGGGUCGGACUAUGGACUGCACCAGGCAGUGCACUCCUUAUCUAGUAAUGGAAUAUCUGAUAAAGAACAAGAGCAGAAACUAGAUUCUGACAGCACUUUAGAGGAACUCUCUGGUCACUCCUUGGUGAGUCUCCCAGAUAGGGUAAGAUCCCCAAGGACUGCAAGCUCUCCUCAGUCUCCAUGCAUACAGAAACAGUCAGAUCCGGCAGUAAAUACAACAGAAAAAAACAGAUCUUCAAACUCUUCAGUUACAGUAGCUUCUGGACCCAAGCCAAAUGCUGCCUUCUCGGAUUUGAAUUUUGGAACCAAUAGGACUGCAGCUGGGAGCAUGACUGGUUCCAUGCGCUUCUCACCUGCUGGUCUCCAGCAGCGUAUGUCAGCAGAACUUCACUACUUAAGUGCCAUUGAGGAGUCUGUACGCCAGAUUUCUGAUGUAGAACGUGUGCGAAGCUUAUCACUUGCACAACAGGAAAGUGUUUCUUUGGCUCAAAUCUUAAUGGCACAGCAGCAACGACAUGAACGAGACAUGGCUCUUUUGAAACUCAAGGCAGAGCAGGAGGCUUUGGAAAGUCAGAGACAGAUGGAGGAGGCUAGACAGAAAGCAGCUCAGGCCCAUGCAGAAUCUCUGCAGCAGCUGGUGCAGUCACGGAAAGAGACAGCAGAGACUCUACAGGAGACAACAUGCAAAAUUGCAGCUCAACAGAUGGAGGCAGCUCUGCUCACUACAGAUGCUGCUCGCCAGAUACGUGAGAUGACAGAGCUUGCACAUGCCCAAAUGUCUGAUGCUGUUGGUGCUCCUGUGGCUCCAGUUACCACACGGCUUGACCAAGAAAGGAAGCAUCAUACAGCAAUCACAAAACAGAUGAAAUCUCACAAUAUGAACAGGAAAGUAGAAUCAAAUACUGAUUUACAAAGUAAAGUGGAAGUAGGAGACUCAAAGCACCAUUACUCCCACUCAUUUGAUAGUUACUCUGAAUCAUCAAGAUCAAAGAUACAUGAUCAAAGCAGUAGCAGCAGCAGUAGUCGUCAGGAAAGUCCAUCUGUUCCCUCUUCCAAGGAAACCAAAAAACUUUCCCGUCGUGAAAAGCCUAGCAGCUCUGUUGAAGAGGAGGCUCCUACAGCCGUGAAUGAUUCCUUACAGAAUAAUGGUAUCCCAGGCAUUCCUGAUGAGAGAGAUUCCACCUCUGUUGCAACAGAAUAUUCCCUUAAAUUUGACGAAUCUAUGACAGAGGAUGAGAUUGAGGAAAAAUCCUUCAGAUCUUUGCUACCUUCUGAGAGUCAUCGUCGGAUCAAUUUGAAAAAACGAAUUCACCAUGAUUAUUCUGAUGAGGAAGCUUCUCCUGGAAAGGCGAUGUUGUCCCCUGUUAAAGAGCUAGGUCUGCCAUUUUCAGGAGGACAAGACAGCUUUUCUAGGUUUACAAUGGAAAUGGUACGACAGUACAUGAAGGAAGAAGAAAUGCGAGCAGCUCACCAGUCCUCAUUGCUCCGACUACGUGAAAAAGCAUUGAAAGAGAAGACUAAGGCUGAGUUAGCUUGGCUAGAACACCAGAAAAAGCAUUUACGAGACAAAGGAGAAGAUGACAAAAUGCCGCCACUCAGAAAGAAACAACGUGGCCUGCUUCUGAAGCUGCAGCAGGAGAAGGCUGAAAUUAAGCGUCUUCAGGAGGCCAAUAAGGCAGCCCGGAAAGAGAGGCAGCUGAUCCUUAAGCAACAAGAAGAGAUAGAACGAAUACGUCAAACUACUAUGAAACUGCAGGAAAAACUGAAGUCUGCAGGGGAAAAUAAACUGGAGCAUCGCAGUGAGGAUGAUGUGAAACAAACUCAUUCUUCAACCCCACUACCAACAGAUGCAGAGACAGGCAGCCCUUCUUCCAUUUCCAGCUGUGAGACAAGUAGCAUUAUGCAGAAAUUAAAGAAAAUGCGUAGCCGGAUGGAUGAGAAACACUGCUCUCCUGUUCACUACUUCUUCUCUGUCUUUACGUCUCACCACUGGGCUUCUCUCAGUGUCUGUUUUCCCAACCUCCAUCCCAAAUUCCAGCUGUAUAUCUACAACCAAUUGGUCAGGUUUUUAACUAAGCGAGAACAAAAACUGAUGCAGCGUCGACAGCAUGCUGAAGAACUGCUACAGUGGAAGCGCCGUUUAGAUGCAGAAGAAGCAGAAAUACGUCAAAUAGAGAAACAAGCGUUAGCUGCCUGGGACAGAGAGCUGCUCAAAGCAAAGGCAAACAAAAAGGGUGCAGGAGACCAGAAAUCUGAUCAGAAAGAAACAGCUAGUGAAGAAGAUUCUUCAGUACUACCUUGUUCUCGCUUGAAUAGUGAAAGCUCUGUGCCAGAAGAAUUGGGCAGCUUACCUGUUGAGUCUAGGCCAGCAACGGUCCCCGAGGACCAAGACAAUACACUUACUGAAGAAAUGGUUUAUACACAAGAACUAGAGUCCUCUGCCUCACCUGGAAAACAUUCACCUUCCAAGAGUAGUGCAUCCAUCUCGAAGCAAGCAUCUAGCAAAGCAACUCACAGAACAGGAGGGCAACCUCAUUUAUCUAUAAAAUCCCAGGAUGUUUCCUACAGUUGGUCUGAUGAGUCUUUGUCCAUGACCCAGUCAGUAUUCAAAUAUACCUUAUCAGAAACUACGUCUGAUCAAAGUGAUAUUGAAAGCCGAAUCCGAGCCUUGAAGGAUGAGCUACGGAAGAGAAAAUCUGUUGUUUACCAGCUGAAAAAGGAACAAAAGAAGAGACACAAGGAGAGACUGAAAGCCCAGGAGGCCAGUUUGAUCAAACAGUUAGAAACUUAUGAUGAAUUCAUCAAAAAGACUGAAGCAGAAUUGAAUCAUGAUAUGGAGGCAACACCUACAGCAAAACCUCAAAUCAAAACACUUUCUUCAGCUACCGAGAAGCCAAAGAUCAAACCACCUCCACUCCAUAGAUCUGAGACAUCAAAAAGCUGGAAAUCACUAACUGAUUCUGAACGUUCCAGAGGAUCCUUGGUGUCCAUUGCAGAGCAUAUUGAUGCCCUUUCUCAUUCUGAGAAAUCUGUGUCUGCAUACACCAAGAGAUUUAUUGAAGCAGAGAUUCGGGCAGAGGAGCAAUCCCAAACCCCUUCCCCACUCCUCAAGGCUGCAAGAAAAUCUAGAGGAGAAUCUGGUGAUUCCUUGGACAGUUCAGCUUCAUCCACUCUUUUCAAAGACAUUGGAGACAUAAACAAAACAUUGCAUGGGCUGGCAUCAAAUAAGUUUGAAGAUGCAACAAAUUAUGAUUCUUUUAUUUCCAAUAACAGAUCUAUUGUACAAGAGGAUGUGAAAUCUGUAAAAUCUGAAGUAGUUGAUAAGGUUUCUGAAAGAUCUAAUGGCUCUGUUUAUGAUGUAGAGCAAACGAGUUUACCUCCAGUUUCUCUAAAGACAUGUGUGAGUCUUGAGGCUGAUGCUUUAGAAAAGAAGCAAUCUGGCUUGACUUCUGUAGGAAUCCCUGAAGGAAAGAAAAUGCCAGAUGAAAAGUCCAAGGAUGAUGAAAAUGCUGUUUCAGUCAAGUGUUUGAAUAGAAUGAGCAAGGGAAUGCUGGGAGAAGAGUCCUUGGUUUCAGAACUUAAUUCCAUUUGCAAAGAGCCAUCAUAUUCUAAUGAUUUUGAAGGGUCUUCCUCCAGAAAAGAGAGAUCAAAAAAUGGGAUACCCCUUACAGAAUAUUUCAAGGGCGAUCUUGAUACAUCUGCACUGUCUGUUGGAAAAGAUAAAUCCUGGUAUACAAAAACUCCCCGGAGUAGAUCUGCUAGUGCUGGAAGUGAUGAUGAAAUAAGUGAAUGUCUUAGUGACAAGUCUCUGUCUGUGGCAGGCAGUAUUCAUUCAGAGAGACUAUUAGAACUGAAGUCACCAACAGAACUUAUGAAAAAUAAGGAGCGAAGUGAUGUUGAGAAAGAACCCGCUCCUGCUGAUUCAUUACUUUGGGCUUCCAGUUCCAAGGCAGAAGAAGAAGAAGCUUUGCUAGAUUUCCGUAUUGGUGACAGAGUUCUUGUGAGCAAUGUCCAGCCUGGAACACUAAGAUUUAAGGGAUUUGCAAGUUUUGCUAAAGGUUUUUGGGCUGGUGUUGAGUUGGACAAGCCAGAAGGAAAUAAUAAUGGUGCUUAUAAUGGUAUUCGUUAUUUUGAUUGUAAAGAAAAGCAUGGUAUUUUUGCUCCUCCACAAAAAAUAUCUCAUUUUCCAGAAAGUUUUGAUAAUUACUUGGACUCAAAUAAAGACGUCUGCAACCAUAAACUAGACAAUCACAAUAAAGAAAAUGAGAAAGAAAGAGAGAGCCCUGAAGAACAGGAGAGUGAGGGAAGAAAUGCUAGUCAGAAAUGCCUCCAGGAUAAAUUUCUCAGAGAUGUAUCUGAUUUUGAGGGCUCCCUUGCAGCUGGUGACAAUAUAAAACUGACUUCACAAAGAAAUAAUGUGUCAGACAUUAUUACAGCUCCUGAAGAGCUUGAUCAAGAAAUUAGUAUUGUUGAUUCUCUGAAAUCUGCUGAAAAUGACAAUGAUAUUUUAUCUGCCUCAAUUUCAAAUGCCCGUAGAGAGGCUUCUGCAGUUGCUGUUGAAGGAACUUUAGAUAGUUUCUUCCCUGAGAAAUGGAAGCAGCAACCUUCUUGGCAGGAAUAUACUGAGAAGUCAGAUAGCCUUUCUCCUGGAGCAUUAGAGAAGUCUGCAACUCCACUCCUGGACUUACUGACAAAAGAACGAAGCCAGUUAGAAGCACAGCUUAAAGUCCCAUCACAAGAGGAGGAAGAAUUUGUAGAUCAACAAGAAAAGGUUGGCUUGUUGGCUGAUAGUCUGCUGCAAGUUUUUGUGAAAGACACCGUCAGUCAGUUGCAACAAAUCAAGAAAGUCAAGAAUGAGAAAAUUCAAUCAAGUAAUAGAGAACUUGGUGCUGUCCAAGAGAAGACAUUGGCAACUAAUGACCUGCAGAGCCUUUUAAUCAGUCCUGAACUGGAUGAUGGAGAAGAAGUUUCCUCUCCAGAUAUGUGUCCUAGGCCUGAAAGCCCAGUGUUUGGUGCCAGUGGCCAGGAAGAGCUUGCCAAGAGGUUGGCAGAACUGGAGCUUAGCCGAGAGUUCUUGAGUGUAUUAGGAGAUGACCAAGAUUGGUUUGAUGAGGAUUUUGGCUUGAGUUCUCGCAAGCUCCCUCAGAAACAAGCUGAAGAAUCAGCAGUUUUGCCCAAGAUAGAGCUCCCCAAAGUGCCACCCAAGCCAUGUGAAGAGCCCUUGGCUGUCCCACAUACUGCAGGAGAAGUGGAAGAUCUGGUAUAUGCAGCAGCUGAGGAACUAUGGAAGUGUAAAGAAAUGGGACACGAUCUUCAAGCUACCAGCCUUCCCAGAGACAUAAGUGAUUCCUGCAGAGAUGAUGACAUGGAAGCUGUUAGCAAACAGAUCUACAAACAGGCUGUGUUUGAUCUAACAAGAGAGAUCUUUAGAGAGAUCUUUGCAGAAGAUCCAAAUUUGAACCAGCCUAUAUGGAUGAAACCUUGCAGAAUCACUUCCGGUUACUUCCGUCGAGUAAAACAUCCAAAUGAUCUUGAAGAGAUAAAGACUUUCAUAGCAAAUGAAGUGCUAAAACUCUUGAAUCUGAAAAAGGAACCAAACAAUAAAACAGACUGGCAGAAAAUGAUGAAAUUUGGACGCAAAAAACGGGACAGAGUGGAUCAUAUACUGGUUCAAGAAUUACAUGAAGAAGAAGCUCAGUGGGUAAACUAUGAUGAAGAUGAGCUAUAUGUGAAGAUGCAACUGGCGGAUGGAAUUUUUGAGGCCUUAAUUAGAGAGACCAUUGAAGUCCUUAACCAGAUUAAUGAAAAACAGGAGAAGCUGCUGCUUGUGUGACAUCAGAGCUAUACUUUUGUUAUAGCAGUCUGUUAUUGGAGUUCAGCAGGAAUGGGAAUUGUAUAGCCCUGCAGAUGCUGUUGUACUGCAACACCCAGCAGCACUAGCUAGCAUGUCAGGGGUGCUGGGAGUUGCUGUUCAACGUCUGAAGGGCCACACAAUUAUUACUUCUGGAGUACAAUGUAAUUUUAAAAUAGGCUGAGAAGAACAUGGUAUAACAUCCCUCCCUUCCCAUGCUGCCUUUGAAGAGUUUACACUGGAUUUUUCCACACAAUUUCCCCCUAUCUUUUUUUCCCCUUCCAAUUCACAUUUAUUGCCAAGUCAUCAUAAGAGUUGGCAUCUGUCUUUUGUUGCUGUUGUGGCAGUCUUGUUAUAGGGACAGCAAAGUCAUUAGUAAACAUUUUUCUUCAUUUUAACAACUGCUGUUCUAGUCUGCUUUUUAACUAUAGUUAAUGUUCUUGCCUAUCAUAUUCAUGUAUAUAACAGCCCAAACAUAUAUUUGUCACCAGCCAUUGAUUUUGUUCUGUCUACUAUUCAUUUUCAUCUUUCUGUCUCAAAAUGUGGGCCUAAACAAUGCAAGUAGAGUAAUGCAAGAAACACUGAGGUAAAUAUGUAUUUGGUUGAAGAUGUAUUCCUAAUGUCUUGGGGCAGAAUGAAAUGCUGUCACAGAAUAUUAAUCUGGGCUCAUUUUCUAGUUUUCCACUAUAUUCAUUCUUCCCUCAGUGAACUACCAAGCUACUUCUAAGUAAGUGGGUACUCAGGAUUCUCUCAGGCUCUGAACAUGUGAGAAUUGGGGGGGGGGAAUUGCUUGCAAAUGUAGGCCUUUGAUCCCUUUACUUCCUCCCUUGUUUACCACCCUACUCUAAUGUAUUGAUGGAGCCAUUACUUGAACUAUGUAGGGUCAGGAGGGUAUGUACCAAAGAAAGUGAUGCCCAGUGCUUAACUCUGGACUUGUUUUGUAUGCAUGUAGAAUUUCUUUUAACUUAUUUUGUAACACAUAUGUUAGAAAAUGUCUAGUGCUAUACUAAUUGCACUACUAUAGGAUUUAAACUCCAGAAUCUACACAAGGUGUCUGUGGAUUAAGACUGUAUCUGUCUUACAAAAAUAGAAAUGCACAGUCUUUGUGCAAAAACUCCAUCUUAAAGAGACAGAGGGAAUCUGUAAAGUUCCAAGUGUAUGUUUUCCACUGUGGGGUAGAAAAGGGGCAGGAUGGAGCGGAAACCAUCUGAAACUGUUAGAAUUUCAGUUGGGAGCACCUUGGUUGGGCGUUAAAAACAUCAUCUCCCCUUCUCCUCCACAUCCUCCAAGAUUUCCCACAGGACACAGCUGCUGUCAACAUAGUGUCCUCCUCCUUCUCCUCCUCCUCCUGUCCUAUGUUUUUCCAAGGGGUCACAGAUAAUCUAGACUUGAAUGCUGAUGCCUUAAUUUGAAAUCUGGUUUACUUGAUAUGAAUCAGAGCUGAUUCAAAAUCUCUUGGCAUGUCUUAAUGUGGAGACAGCACUUGGAAGCAUAGGAGGAGGCACUCCAAAGACUAUUAUGAACUGAGAGGUGCAUGUGGAAAGAGCUAUAUCCUUUCCCCUUUUAUCUCAUCUAGUUUCUUGGGCUUCCAACUGAACAUACCUCUGCCAAUACUCCUUUAUUGGUCUCUUCUUUUGAAACCUUUUUUGUGAUUUCUUUGCCUUUUGCACAAUGACACACUACCAGGGUGGCUCCUUAUAUCUAGGGCUGCACAGAGAAAAUGGUUGGCAUCCAAACAAAGAAACCCUCGUAUGUGGCAUUGCCAGCAUCUCAUUUUUACAUUUUCUAUGGCUAGUCUUAUUUAUAAAAACUAAAAGAACAAAAGGGCAGUGAAAAUACCCAGCAUGUCUUGUUAGUGUACCUAUUUCACUUUAAGAGCUAGGAAAAAUGUAGUGGAGUGAGUUGUUGGGCCUCAGAGAUUACUUUAAUAGAUUUUAAACUCCCAAACAAAGCUAUUGUAUUUUUAACAGGCCUGAUGCCAUUUUAUCACAGUGUCUUAGGUUUUACCACUUCUGAGCCUAUGAUUUUUUUAGCUUGGUAUGAACCAAGGGAGCAUUCAAGUAUAUGGAAAAAACACACAUAAACUGAUGGAUGCAUAGAUAAUGGCAUUGCCAUUCUUGAGGCUACUAGAAACAAUAGCAAUAAUGAUGCACUGCACAUCCUAAAGCUCUUGUCACAAAUAUGGGGUUUAUAAUAUAGAAGCCUCAUUUUGUCAAGGCAUUGAAAAGGGCUGGAGAUUUGCCUUUUGAAAUUAGUGAAGUCUGUUGAUUCAUGUGAAGCAAGCCAUGACCUCCACUUUAAACUAUUCCACCUCUUUGCAGCAAAAGCCUAUACAAAGUCAUAGCUUUCUUUCCUAGAAAUGUUGGCUUAUUCUUGCAGUUUUUAAAUAGAAAAUUAAAAGCUGGAGGAUCAUUCUUCUGGUCUCAGACACAAAAAGGUGGGCACAUAUUAUGAGAAUGCAUUAGAUUACCUCUAGUUCACCCUGAGAGGCUCUGUGUUUGCAUCCUUGGAGAAAUGUGUAGCAUAUCUUUAAAAACAUGCCUUAUACACCCAAAGAUUUGUGAGCUCCAAAAGCAUAAGCUUACAUAUCUCUGAGUGAGACAUGUUUCCUUUUUGCUGUUAAUGAGAUGUGGGAAUAACUAUUCUGUAUAUGCACAUAUAUAUAUAUAUAUAUUACAUGAAAAUGUGGCCUUUAACUUGGAGUCCACUGAGGACACUGGGGAAUUGUUCUUUUUACAUCAUAGUUCAGGGUGGAAUGUUGAAACAGGACAAGAAACUCGAGUUGCAACAGAUGACAAAGAUUGUCAUUCUUUGUCCUGAGAUACACUUGAAUUACGUUAUGUCCCGCAGAAUUCACAUUGGAGAUGAAUAUGGGACUUGACAAUUUUGAGCCUAAAAAGAAACCAUAGCACAGCUGGAAAAUAUGGAUUGAGUUAUAUGUUUUCCCGUUGUUCCUUUCUGAGAUCAAGGCAAAACAAGUAUUAUACAAAUAGAAAAAGCAACAGUUGUUCCUGAUCUAUAGAAGAUGAGACAUGGUUUGCUAAACCUUUCCUGCAAAAGUCCAAUUUAAAUAGGAAGGAGUUAGAUAAGAGCGCAACUGUACUCAUGUAUAAUUCCCAUUCAUUUAAAAAAAAGUUUUGGAUAGGAAAAAUUCCCAAUGAAAAGUCCCUUAGGCUUUUCACUAUCUUAACUUUUUGGAAAACAACAGCAAGAUUUUGUGGCCUGUUUGUUAUGGGUGGGGAGAGGACCCAUUGAAGAUCUUUGAAAACGUGGCCUUAGCAUUUUUUGCAAUACUUGAAUAAAAGUGUGUGUUCACUAAAGAAAUUCCAUAGCACAGCAUUCAGAGACCAUUGAAGUAACUGCACCACAGAGAUUUUUUUCAAUCACUUUUGGUACUUUAACAGAACUGACUGUACUUAUGUUCCAGCAGCAAAAACAGUUGACACUUGCAAAGUGUUUCUAUGUAAACUGUAGGAUUUUGUUUUUUGUACUUACAAACACUGGUUAAUGUGGAUAAGCAGAACUAUCAGCUGAACUAAUUUGACAUCUAACGUAGAAAAGGAAACAAAGAUGGAAAACCUGUACUGUAAUACGUUGAAGUAAAUAGGAGUUUUUCCUUUGAUUUUUUGCAGAACCUUUUUAUAUACAUUUGCCGAGCCGUUUUGGGGAAACCCUUCUUCCCUGUGUAAUGUAUUGUGCAGAUACUAAACUGCUCCUGUGUGUGAGUGUGAGUGUGUGUGUGUGUGUGUGUGUAAAUAACCUUGUCAUACUGGUUUCUAGGUCAAUUUCAGCCAAUAAUCACACAUCCCUGUGCAGCACGGCUCAUUAGAUUACAGGGUGUUAAGGUUCUUGUAAUUAUGGACUGUAAAAUAAGCCAGGGUAGUCCCUGUGUACACCAGUGUAAAUAUCUUUGUUAAUUUGAGAUGUACUUUAAGAGAAUAAAAUCUGUAAAUAAACUGAUUUAUAAAUUA